AUUUGGAGACUAUUUCCAGCAUGGAUGCAACUGCUGCAGGACUGCUCACAUCAGAUGAAGAUGCCUCCACCCAGAAAUUCUGUCAGCUGGCCAGAAUUGGAUCUUGGGUUGGAAUCGGCACACAGCAAGCCACCAGGAGGUGUCCCAUUAAAGCUGGCAGUGAAGAGUGGUGGCAGUCCAGUGACCGGGAGACAAGUAUCCAUGCAAGAUGAAGGUGUUUCUGUCUCUUCUGUUGGUUGCUGUCACUUGCAUGGAGUUUGUGCAAACUUUGAAAUGUUACACUUGCCAUGAACCUACUGCUGUUGAUAAGUGCCUGACAAUCCAGAAAUGUGGAAAGAAUGAAACCAUGUGCAAGACAACCAUGUAUUCCCUGGAGGAAGUUUUUCCCUUCGUAGGAGUCUCGACUGUCACCAAGAUGUGCUCUUCUGUCUGCAUCCCAUCUGAUGUGGAUGGGAUUGGCAUGACUCGCCCUGUCUCCUGCUGCUACACUAACUUAUGCAACUUUGAUGGAGCAGCUAGUUUGAAGAUCGGCUUUGUGCCAGUUGUGAUGGUAGCAAGUUCCCUUUGUGCCCUCUUCUGGACUAGGCUGUGAUGAGCUGAUAGGUCUUUCAUGCUGAAGAACUCAAUGAAGAAGAGAAUAAGCCUCUACCAGCCCAGCUUUCUGUUCGGAUGCCUCAUGGACAACCCUCAACAGCUCCUAGAAUUUGCUUUUUUAGUAGUCACCCUUUUCCCACAAGCAAGAGAGAAGUAAAACUCAGGAAGUCCUGACAUAAAUUUUUCAAUUUUCAACAAUUCCCACAGAAUGGAGAUUCUUUGCUAUGCUUGUCUGGUUGGGUUUGAACUGAAAAAUUCUGCUGUAUGAAGAGUAUUUAAUGCAAAAAAAACCCUUUUCCUAAGGCCUUCCAUACCUCCUUAGAGCAUUUUUCCCCACUGGCUAGUCAGCAAAAUAGCUGAAUUGACCAGUCUUCUCAGAUGAAGUUCAGUUAUGUGGCAGGUCCUCUCCACCCUACAGUUCUGUGCUCUCCCUUUGUGCUCUCUAGAUCUCCUUCUUUUUGCACAAGAGAUUAUGGAGACACUUCUAUGGCCAAAAUAUGAGGCAGAAGACUAAACUUACCAUGCCAGUGAUGUGAUUCAAAGAGGCUAAAGUCCCUUGU